AUGUUUUUAGAUAAUAAUCAUAAUGACCAUGAUGAAUCAAAUUAUUCAAUACCGAAAUCAUCACCAUCUUCAUCACCACCUGGGAGUAAUAUAGCAGGGUCAUCAUCACCUUCUUCAAAUAGAUAUGGUAAUAAUUUUAAUAUAAAUAAUAAUAAUGACAAUAAUAAUUAUAAUGUAAAUUCACCAACACCAUCAACAACAACAACAUCAUCAUCGUCAAUACCAAAUAGUAGAGAAAUAUUUUUUAGAGUUAAAGAUAGAGUUAAAAAAGCAUAUUUUAAAGGUAUUUCUGUUGAAGAUUUAAAAUUUUUAUUUUUACAAAAGUUUCCAGAAUUUCCAAAAGAUGUUGAUAUUCAAUUCCUUAUAAUUGAUAAAGGUACAAAUAAAGAACAACAAGUUAUUGAUGUUAAUGAUAUAAAAGAACAUCAAGAAUUAUUAAUUAGACAUGAGUAUAAUGAAGAUACAAAAAAAAGAUCACAAGGUUAUACAGGAUUAGAUAAAGAAAAGAUAGUUUUAGUAAUGGUUGGAUUACCAGCAAGAGGUAAAACAUAUGUUGCAAGAAAGAUAUGUAGAAUGUUAAAUUGGAUGUUAGUACCAGCCAAGGUGUUUAAUGUUGGAGAAUAUAGAAGAUUAAGAAUUGGUGCAGGACAACCACAUGACUUCUUUGAUCCACAUAAUCCAGAGGGUAUAAAGGCGAGAUUGCAUAUGGCAGUUGCGGCAUUGGACGACAUGAUAUCAUGGUUGCAUAACGGUGGUAGGGUUGGUAUUUACGAUGCGACCAACUCCACCAACGAGAGAAGACAAUUAGUAGAGAAAAGAUGCACUCGUGAAAAGAUGACUGUGGUUUAUGUAGAAUCAAUUUGUAAUGAUGCAUCAGUGAUCGAACAUAACAUUAAGGAGACCAAACUAUUGUCACCCGAUUACCAGGGUGUGGAUCCCUCCAAGGCCGUGCAAGACUUUCGUGAUAGAAUCAAUCAUUAUCUAAAAGUUGAAUGGUGUUCAAAAGUCCGUGCUGACGGCUACGAUGGUGAAGUUGUGGUAUGGACCUCAAGUUUGAAACGUGCAAUUCGUACAGCUCAAUAUAUCUCUCAACCAAAGGUUGUAAUGAGAGCAUUGGAUGAAAUUGAUGCUGGUGUUUGCGAUGGUAUGACCUAUGAAGAAAUUCAAGAGAAAAUGCCAGAUGAAAGGGCUGCUCGUGAUUCUGAUAAACUUCAAUAUCGUUAUCCAAGAGGUGAAAGUUAUGAAGAUGUAAUUCAACGUCUUGAACCUCUAUUAUUAGAAUUGGAAAGAACUAAAUCACCAGUCCUAAUCGUUUCUCAUCAAGCCACUCUUCGUUGUCUCUAUUCUUAUCUCAAAGGUAGAGUUAAAGAAGAAUGCCCCUUCAUUAAUAUUCCAUUACAUACUUUAAUUCAAUUAUCACCAAAAGCAUAUGGUUGUGAAGAAACUACUUUUAAAUUAGCAAAUUAA